AAACCAUCAGCUCUCAGUCUCAGCCCCACCUCAUCCACGCACAUAACUCUAACUCAGGCAGCAGAACAAGGAGGGGAGCACGAAGACCACCUGCGUCGGCGGGGUACCUCCUGGUGGCGGCUCUUCCGGCCUCUCCUCAUGCUCCAAUUCACGCGGAGUUCACGGUGAUGCUAUAUUUCAAUAACGGAGUGAGUAAACUUUCAGUGGUAUUUUUCUCAAGGCCAAUCUUCCGGUGGUAUUUUUCUAAAGUCUUGAUCUUUUAAUGCUGUUGUAGUGUGGAGCGAUUUGUUUUAGUCUGCCCACAUCCUGGAGGCUAACCCUACGUCACCAACUGCAACCCUCUCCGUCCACCUAAUCCACCAGCGCCGCCACAAGACGGCGGUCAGCGCCGCCCACCACCAACCAUCCCCUAGCCGCCGCCGCCAGUUCCCCGCCUACACCGCCCGCUGGUUUCGCUCGCGGCAGCCUGAGUCCUCCUCGUGCCGGAUAUGGGAUCCACGGCGCUCGGCGGUGCGGCUCCGGCGCGCGCCGGAUUGGCCCAAAAGAAUGGAGCCCUUGUUGGAUCUAGUUUCAAGCCAUGCAGUGGUUUCAUGCUCAAGACAUCUCCCAAGCUUGGAUGCUCUUGGCACCGGGUGAGGGCAUCCAUCGCCUCUUCGCCACAAAAACAAUACUCUCCCAAGACAUCAGCAGUUCAAUCAGGGGAGGAGGUGCGCAUUGCAGUGCUGGGAGCCAGCGGUUAUACUGGAGCUGAGAUUGUUCGGCUUCUAGCAAACCACCCUCAGUUUCGUAUCACAGUGAUGACCGCAGAUAGAAAAGCUGGUCAACAGUUUUGCUCUGUAUUUCCUCACUUGAUAACACAGGACCUGCCAAAUUUAGUUGCAGUAAAAGAUGCAGAUUUUUCAAAAGUUGAUGCUGUUUUUUGUUGCUUGCCACAUGGAACAACACAGGAAAUUAUUAGAGAUUUACCCCAGCAACUGAAGAUUGUUGAUCUCUCCGCGGAUUUCCGAUUGCGUGACAUCAAUGAGUACGCAGAGUGGUAUGGUCAUGCUCAUAGGGCACCAGAACUUCAGGAAGAAGCUGUGUAUGGUUUGACAGAGGUUCUUCGAGACGAAAUACGAAAUGCUCGGCUUGUUGCCAAUCCAGGAUGUUAUCCCACGUCUAUUCAGCUCCCACUUGUUCCUCUAAUAAAGGCAAAACUGAUCAAGCUGAGUAACAUUAUAAUUGAUGCAAAAUCUGGGGUUACUGGGGCAGGACGCGGAGCUAAGGAAGCAAAUCUUUACACCGAGAUAGCUGAAGGCAUUCAUGCUUAUGGAAUAAAAGGCCACCGGCAUGUUCCCGAGGUUGAACAAGGACUUUCAGAUGCUGCUGAAUCUAAAGUUACUAUCAGCUUCACUCCAAAUCUUAUCUGUAUGAAACGUGGGAUGCAAUCUACCAUGUUUGUUGAAAUGGCACCUGGAGUGACUGUCAGUGAUUUGUAUGAGCAUCUCAAGUCUACUUAUGAGGGUGAAGAAUUUGUCAAGCUGUUAAAUGGCAGCAAUGUUCCUCACACACGCCAUGUUGUUGGAUCAAAUUACUGCUUCAUGAAUGUCUUCGAGGACAGAAUUCCUGGAAGGGCCAUCAUCAUCUCUGUCAUAGAUAAUCUUGUGAAGGGGGCAUCUGGCCAGGCUGUGCAGAACCUCAAUCUGAUGAUGGGUCUGCCUGAGAAUACGGGGCUGCAAUAUCAGCCCCUGUUUCCUUGAUAUAUUGUGCCAGUAUUUGUUGUGUCUUGUCUGUGAUGGUGCUUUGGAGUAGCAAUCUCUGCUGUUUUCUGUUGAGAGGAAAGAGCUCAACGUCAGAGUGUACUCAAACUUUCUCAAAAGCAUAACUAGGCUUGUGCUGGUGUAGUUUUUAGAGAUGAGCAGCAAUUAGCAGUUGAAUAAGAGUAGUCAUAAGGCUAUGUAUCAUGUAUUACGUUGUUAUGAGAUCAGUAAAACAGUCUAAAAGUCAACUCAGAGGCAUCAACCACUGCGGAUAUCAUUGGAUAUAGAGCAUUUCUUAGUUCUGAUGUUUUUGUCAAAUUUUAUCUUGUGUGAUGUACCCAGAUCCUAAAUUUUACCACAAUAAUGCAGGUGACCGGUAUAUUGUUUUUGUCC